AUGUCCGUACACAGAGAAGCAAGGUUGAGGAAAGAGAGAGAGAAGAAGAAGAGGAAGAAGGAAGAUGACUCUCGGACUGAUAAACGCGAAUCCAGUUGUGCAAGCCAAGAAGGAACGCCUCGUUCGUACACAAGAAGAUCAGUAUAGAGAUGAUGGUGUUGAUCCUCUUGACAUCUAUGAGUAUGUAAGAGACAUAAGAGAUCCAGAACACCCUUAUACCUUGGAGCAGCUAAGUGUUCUCUCUGAAGAAUCUGUUACUGUCGAUGACAAGCUCGAUCGCAUCUUGAUUAAGUUUACACCGACGGUUCAGCAUUGUAGUAUGGCAACUAUAAUUGGUCUUUGUCUGAGAGCUAAGCUUAACGAACGUUUGCCACUUCAUUAUAAGGUUGAUAUCCUAGUGUCUCCUGGUUCCCACGCCGAUGAAGAUUCAGUGAAUAAACAAUUGAAUGAUAAAGAACGGGUGGCGGCUGCAAUGGAGAAUCCUAAUCUCCGUCAGCUUGUGGAUGAGUGUAUCUUCUCCGAUGAGAUAUGAUCAGAUCAUUUACUUCUACCCUCUUGUACAGGCUUUCGUAUCCUGGGUUGUAUAAUGCCUUAAUGAGACCACUCUUUAGUCUGAGAAUACACAUUUUACGGUGUUCGAAUGUUGCAUACUACUCGAUAAUAAUACAGAACCUUUUGUCAAUGUAACUGCAGUUUGAGUUACCAACACAGCUAUAAAAGAAAUUGCGAUAAA